AUGUCGUUUUACAAGCAUGUGACGCGGACAAAUGAUCCGUUUCUGAUGGCUGUGCUGCUGGAAGAUAUGUCAGCAUGUGUGGGUAUCGUUAUUGCUGGAUGUGGCAUUGGGGCCAGCCACAUUACUGGCAACCCGGUGUGGGACAGUCUCGCUAGUGUAUCGAUUGGCGUGCUUCUUAGCGGUGCUGCAAUAUCACUCAUUCGUUUGAACCAAAAGUAUUUAUUGGGCCAGUCAGUGGAGCCGGAAAUUGAAAAAGGUAUCCGCGAGUUGCUGUUGGCGCGUCCGUCUAUUGAUAACGUGUAUGCUGUCCAGUCACAAUGGGUUGGACCAUCGACAUUUAGCUACAGGUAUGACGGCAGGACAGCACGACUUGUAUCGCCACUUGUGUUAGGUCUUGACCCGUGCAAUAAUUGGUCUGUUCUAGGCUGA